ACGAAAUCUGUGGUGAAACGGAUGGAUGAUUUAGACGACAACAAUAAUUAUCUAUUCGUUCGUUCCUUUUACUAGACUACAAAUGGCGUCCCUACAAGGGAAAUAUGACAAGUAGACAACCAAAUGAACGGGGCCCAGGGGGAUCCCAGCAUGAUGCUUCUUCUCCCUACAAGAGGUCCCGACCACAGAGUCCAUCUGGCUCACAGAUGCGGCCUGGUCCGGCAUACUACCAGGACCCUAGAUAUGGAAUGGCAGUGGCUGCUGUAGCUGCAGGAGGAUACGGCAGUAUUUACAGAGAUCCUUUCCAACCUACAUCACAAGUGGUAGAGCAACAUGCACGUGAUGUGAGAGAACAGUUCAGUCGUGACAGAAUACCAGUCGCACAACCGUCAAGCCAUGAUGCUGAUUUACUACAUAUACAGAAACAUCGUCGUCCAACUCUCCUCGACUACCAUCAUGGUACCCAUGCUCCUGGGGUAGAUAGGACUAGACAAUAUAGACCGGAGCCUCCAUCAGCGUACGGACAGCAUUAUAGACAAGAGACAAUGGGGAACCUCCAGGGAGGCCUGCCUGUGUCCAUGAGUAGCAGCGCUGCCCAGCCAUCUGGACCCACAGCACCUAAAAGACCCCGCCUUGGACCCAUUGAUCGUCCUGAUUUAGCACAGCCUCUAAGCAUUGAUGUCAGUCAGACAGAACCUAAACGGGAGCCAGCAUAUAAUCCACAGACAGAGGCUAUUUCCCCCACCUUACCACCAGAGGAGACUCUCAAGGUUCAGAAGGUCAAGGAUGAAUUAUUACAGAAUAUCAGCAGGAUUGAUCGGGAAAUUGCCUUAGUGGAGCAACAGAUACAGAUGAAACUGAAAAAGAAACAGCAACAGGAAGAAGCUGCAAGCAAACAUAAAGAGUUUGUAGAAUCUGAAGAAGUUCCUGAAUCAAUUUCUGUCGACAUGAAACACCAGAGUAUUGCUCAGAUAAUAUAUGCUGAAAACAGAAAAAAGGCUGCUGAAGCACACAAUAUUUUGUCCAAGUUGGGUCCUAAAGUUGAUCUGCCUCUGUACAACCAGCCGUCAGAUGCUCCUAUAUAUCAUGAAAACAAACGAAAGUUUGCAUUGUUCAAGCCAAGACUAAUUCUACAUUUCAAGAAGAGGCACCAGGCCAGAAAGAUAAGGGAAAGAUAUCUGACCCAGAGAUAUGAUCAGCUGAUGCAGGCCUGGGUAAAGAAAGUAGAAAAAUGGGAAAAUAAUCCUAAAAGAAAAGCUAAAGAGGCAAAACUACGAGAAUAUUUUGAGAAGAUUUUCCCUGAAUUGAAGAAGGCGAGAGAUGAUAAGGAACGUCUGAGCAGAGGUGGUACCCGUACCGGGUUGCCAGUGUAUGCAAGAAGUGAAGCUGAGCUAGAACAGAUUAUGGAUGGUAUACAUGAACAAGAGGAGGAAGACAGAAAAAUGAGAAACCUAGCUGUAAUUCCUCCAAUGAUGUUUGAUGCUCGGCAACGUAGUCUCAAGUUUGUCAACAAGAACGGUCUAAUCACAGACUGUAUGGAGGAAUAUAAAGAGAGAAAAUACAUCAAUGUAUGGACAGCCCAAGAGAAACAGAUCUUUAAGGAGAAAUACCUGCAGCAUCCAAAAAAUUUCGGGCUUAUUGCUUCAUUUCUUGAGAAGAAGAGCACAAUGGAUUGUGUAGAGUACUACUAUAGAUCAAAGAAGAGCGAAAACUAUAAACAGAUGUUGAGAAAACAAACAGUGAAAAAGAAGAGACAGCAGCAGAAAGCGCAGCCCCAAGCUGUGUUACCAAAGGAAGAAGGUCUGGAACCAAUAGCUUCAUCAUCAGACCUGGCAUCACAGGCAGCAGGAACAACAGCAGCUGCUGAUGAUAAUGUGAACAUUGUAACAUCAUCAGCCAGUGGGGAAGCACAGAUCAGACCAGAAUCAACAGUCACAACAACAAGUGGUAAAGAGAAAGAGGACGAUGAUAAAGAAAUAGAUGAUUCAUCUGAUGAUAAUGAUACCGUGAAAGGUGUCGACGGAGAAGGUGGUGUUCACCCAUGUGCUAUAUGCAAGACGCAGCUGGAACAUUAUGGUUUGAGUCGUCCUUUAACUACAAAGAACUGCGAAUUGUAUGGCAUCAUACAGUCAGAUUUGACACCAGAAAUGAGGGUGUGCAGUAACUGUUGGUGUAAGUCUGUACGGAGGAGAUACACACAAUGUCCUGUACCGUCAUGUAAGACUCCGAAAAGAAAAGUGAAGAGAUUGAGACCACUACCAACAAAAUGGGCUGACCUGACAGCUGAAUUAAAGGAACCUAUCAUGAAAGAUUUACAGAUAACAGACGAGACUAUGAAAUGCUGCUCCGCCUGCUUCAACAGGAUCGCUCGCAGGAUGGAAUGUAAACCCCCGACAACAGAGCCAUUACCUGUGACAUCAGAGCCGACACCAGAAGUCAAACAGGAACCGUCUGAACCUCAGCCAGCAGAGACACAAGAGGCUGCUGAUUCAGCAAAGUGGACAGAUGAGGAAAUAGAACUUGCCAAAAAAGGAUUGAGAGAACAUGGUAAAGACUGGGCUGCUAUAGCAACUGUUGUUGGUACAAAGUCUGAAUCCCAGUGUAGCAGUUUCUACAGUAGUAACAAGAAGAAAUAUAACCUCGAACUUAUCACUGUUGAGAAAGACAAGCCUAAACAAAAGUGUGUGAGUAAACUCAAAGAGGAAGAUGGUCGUACCAUAUCAAUCUGUGAGAGCGUUGCUUCCACUGUGACAGCGCCCUCUGAUGGUGAGCAGUUACUCUCUGACAAUGAGGAGAAUCGUGACACUGAUGACAGUGGAACAGCAAGUGCUCCCAGUCCUAGACCCUUGCAUCUUGAUGAUAGAGAUGUACAGAAGGAUGAGAAGCCAGACUCAUCACAGCAGUCAGGUGGUGAGCAGGGCCCUAUGAUCACAACCAGCUUAGCCACACAGAAAUCAUUGAGUACAUCCGAGGGCAGUUUAAGAAGUAUACCAGACAAUGACAGCACGGCUACAUUGAGUGCUGAUGAAGGAGGUACACACGGAGAACGACAGGGGGAUCGGCAGGGAGAACGACAAGUUGGACAGGGAUUGAUGCCUGCACAACAGCAGACUCUCUAUCCUGGCAGUAUCUUACCUUCAGCCUUGCCCACUUGCAACCAACCUGAUAUAACAGCUCAGAGAAAUCUUGCCCAAGUAGGAGCCAUGGGUCUCGGACUGGUACCACGUGCAGGCUUAAGUCCUACUCAGAGUCAUGGUGGAAACUCUAACCAGAGUUUCCCAUCAAGGCCAGGUUCAAGAGCAAGUCCUGCUGUCCAAGGUCAGAUCCCAGGGAAAGACAACCGGCCAAACUCAAGGCCGUCUAGUAGUCAUGAAGUUCCUAUCAUCCGAGAAGCCAACCCAAACCAGGCAGGAGGGAACCCAAAUGUGCUUGAUUUUUCUCAAAGCACGAAGCAAUACUCUCCAUAUCAGUCAGGGGUUCAGCCUCGCCGACCAACAAGUGCAAUGUCGGAACCAGGAAUGUCCUCUCACAGGGCUGUAUCCCCUCACAUACCACCUGGUACCCAGCCACAUAUGAUGAUUGGGUUGGAUCCAUCCAGAGUUGGAACUCCUCCCACUGACAAGAAGCCUCUAAAGCCAGCCACCUGUGUUCGAGACCUGAUAUAUUCAGCUAUUGAAAUGAAUUUGAGUCGAGAAAACCAGCAGGAGAGGCCACAGCAGCCAACUCAAGAUAGACCAAGGUCCACAGACACAAGUGGAUUCAGACCAAGUCCCCAGCAGCUUGCACCUGGAAUGCCUCAUGAUCUUAGAGCAACAGACCUCAGGAAGGACCCAAGAGGACAAGGUUAUGAUCCAAGGGGUUCACCUUACCAGUUACCAGGUCGUGAUCCCAGAGAUAUACGUGGUGACCCUCGUGAUAUACGUGGCGACCCCCGUGGUCCUCCAUCUGGGGGAAUGGAUCUUUCUAUGAGACAGCCUGAUGGGGUAGAUAAAGUUGCACAUGGAUAUAAAGGUGAUCCAAGGGACUUUGAACCCCUCGGCUCUCACAGAAGCAGUGACCCCUACAGAGGUCAGAGUGAUGACCCCCAGCAGAGAAAGGUGAUUUCCAUGGCAACACCUCCACCAGCACAUGCUCACAGGAGGUCUCCAUUUCAGAUUCAGGAAGCUAUAGCAUUAAAGGGAAGAUCAGAGGGAAUGGAGAAGUCUCCCAGCAUGUACCAGGACAGACACUCCCCUAAUGUCAGAGGUUUGCCUCAAGCAUCGUCACCAUACAGUCCACAUGGUGGUAAAGCUAUACCCCCUCCUCCACCCCUUAUAAACAGUACAAGUUCUAGACUGCCAAAGUCUCCUCCCACAAGUCAUCUACAAGCGCCACCAUCUGGCUCUAUCACUCAUGGAACACCUGUGGGGCCUCACACCAUGGCAACAACUUCUCCAUCUGUUGGAAUGCGACCUCAACAGCCAAAUGUGGCACGAGGUUCUAUCACCCAGGGAACCCCUGUAAGAGAGAUGGGACGAGGAAUGAUGCAUCCUGACCAGGGAGCACCCAGAGGACAAGGUCAGUAUGAUAUGCGUAUGAUGGAGCAGAUGCGAGGUGUUCAGCAGAUGUAUGAUCCUCGUAUGAUCCCAGAGCAGCUUCAGCGUAUGCACCAUCCAGCAUACCAGCAAUCCCAGUACCAGUACAACGCUUCCCAGCCCCCUAGCCAGCAACCGUCUGAUUAUAAUUCUAAACAAACACUUCUUGGUGACUUUAUUACUGCACGCACUCAAAUGAGACAUCCACCAUCUCCCACAGAUAAAGAAGGGCGGGACCCAAGGGAUCAAAGUAUCAGUCCUAGAGCACCUGAACACCCGGCAGGUCCACCACCGGGACAGAAAGGUUAUCAAAUAGACCCACGGACUGGCUACCAUAUUCCAGUCUCAAGUUACAUGCAGGCAGGCCAGCAACCCCCUUCCUCAUCGAGGGUUUCACCUCGGCCCUCCUCUAGCAUGCCAUCACCUAGAGAUGACAAAGCUGGUUCUCCCUGGUUGAUGGCUCAAAGACCAAGUCCCGGGAACCAUGCUAGUCCACAUCUGGACCCAAAUCAUCAGUAUCAGGGUCAGGGACCUCCGGGCAGACCAAGUAUCACGCAGGGAACUGGGAGACAGUCUGUUAUAACUGAUUCAAGAAAUGAAGAUAGGUACCGAAAUAUACCCGACAGUUCAGGAGCACACCAUUCCCCACGUGUUGGACCAGGAGAGAGUUAUCUACAGAUGCCUUCGCAGACAGGCGACCAUAGAAGGUCUCCAAGUAUGCACCCAGACUACACCCGUCAACAGUAUGAACGGGAAAGGGAAAGGCAAGAAAAAGAAAUGAAAGAUAGAGAACAGCAAAUGGCUGUUAGGGCAGUCAGAGAGCAGUAUCAACAGGGUGUUCAUAGAUAUGAGGAACAGAGACUGAAGGCAGAAGCAGAAGCUAAGAUGAACGAACGAGCAAGGGAGGAAUAUCUGUCAAAGAUGAGAGCAAACGAAGAUCCAAACAAGAGAUCGCCAAAAUUGUCACAGCCAACUGACAUUCUUAAGGCUUUUGUGCCCGAUUCUCAGCAAGGUCAGAGAGCCGCUGGGAAACAGUCUGGCGACACAGCAGGUGGUAAAGGAAACCGAAGCAUGACUGCAGCUUGUUUGAUUGAUGCAAUAAUUGUACAUCAGAUUAAUCAAUCAACAGAAGAAACUCCAACUUCAACAACUUCAGUCAGCCAGGCAGGAAGUAAACCCGGUGCAGUUAAACAGGAAGUUAAAUCAGUUGUAUCACAGUCAAGUGCACCUGCACCCCAUCUGUUCAGGCAAACACCGCAACCUCAGUCGUAUCCUGGACAAGGCCAGCCAGCUCAAGGUCAUAUUGGGCAAGGUCAAGGGUAUAUGUCUCAAGGUCAGCCACCAAUGGCAGGUCAACAAUAUCAGGGUCAGCCACCAGUGGCAGGUCAACAGUAUAUGGGUCAACAAUACCAAGGUCAGAAGGUUCAGCAUGAGAGUAAAUCACCACCUGCGCAAAUGGCAGGAAAGAAAAGGUGGAUGCAGUCACCAGUACCAACCCCAGGUUCAGCUGGAUCCAGCUACUCUCCAGGGGCAUCAACUAAAUCUGACCCAGAUAGCAAACCAGACUCGAGACCGUCUAGCCGAGGAUCUGGUGGUGGAUCAUCAAGACCUCAGGAUUCUGCCUUGCGUCAAGCAGUGCUGGGAUCUAGUGACAUGAGGAAUAUGACGUUGACGUUAGGGGACCAUAUCAAUGACAUUAUACACAAGGACUAUGAAAAAAAUAACCAAUCAGCACCACUAAUGAUAGGAGGGAAGUCCUUCCUCAGUCAGAUAAAUGGAUCCAUACAAGCAGAUGCAUCAAGCAGUAAGACUGUAGCCACUUCAAGACCUGGUAAUGUAUCCAGUACCUCGGUCUCCAUGGAGAGCACUACAACCUGGUCCACAGCAUCUUCAUCUUCUUCAUCUACUUCCCUGGACAGUCAGAAAUCACAGGCUUCUUUCCCUGGACCGAAGAAAUUCAAAUGGCGACAGGCCAGUGAGCAGGCAAGUAGUACAGGUCAACAAGUGGAAUCUGGAGGAGGUGUUUCCCAGUCUAGCACUGAUGAGCCGGGCUCAAGGCCGCAAGAAGUUGAUUGGACAAGACAAAUGAGACCUGACCAGUCACAUUCUCCUACUGGAGGUCAGCCUACUUCACCUCCAGGUCAGGCUGACAGCAGUAGCAGUUCAGCAGAGGUAAAAUCUGCCCUCCGGAAAGGUAUGGGCAUACAGGACUCAGAGGUGUCGCCCCUAGAGUAUGUACAAAAUAAGAUAGCCCAAUGCUUGCAUGAUGAGUCUAAUGAUGGUAAACAAGGUCCAAGUAACCCACAGGGCCAGUCAGCUACAGAUAUACAACAAGCCAUGAGUGGCAGAGGUUCCCAUUCUCAGAUGAUGCCACAGCCAACUCACUCAUCUACAAAGUCUCGCACACAGUCCCCUGUCUCUUCACAGAUGGCAGUAGGAAAGGAGAAUUCACACAAACAUGCACGGCCAGAACCUAGGCAGGGAGGACCUGUGGUGAGCACUUCAGUUGAAAUGCACGGUGGUGUCCCCCGUCAACAAGAUAUAUCAUCAGUUUCACCUUCAAGUUCUUCUCUACCUUCUCCAGAUCAACAUUCACAGGAUGAAGAUCCUUUAAGGGGAGGUAACUACCAGAAGUCUGGCUCCCAGGCUCAGUCUCCUGUGUCAUCUGCUGGAGAUAACAGAGACCAGGUACAUUCUUCCCAGCAUCCUCACAGGAAGGGACGAAUGUUCACACGACCUCGAUCUCGCAUGGAACAGGAAGAGCCAGAGAAAAAGCCUGGGGCAGCUCCCCCUAGAGAGACAUUGAAACAGUCACAGAGAGCUUCACCGUCUGCAUCAGUGCAGGAAGGCGGGAGAGUUAUGGCACCUUAUGAUAAAAAAGGACCGAAAUCUGAGUAUGAUUUUCCGGAUAGUCCAGAUGAUGAGGGGAGAGGAAAGCCAACAUUGAGCAGUUAUAUGGCUCUAUCAAGCAGUACAAGAAGUCCAAGACGUGGCAUAGUUGAUAGUUCAGAAAACAGAGUGCAGCCAGGGGGAGAUAGCAACAGAGAAGGGGAGGUAAAUGUUGAAAGUUCAGAAGACAUAUCUACUGUAGACUCGAAGGUCAGUGAUAGUGGUCCAGGAAAGGACAAUGAGGCACAAGAAUUUGAGAGAUUUGGUGCUGAUCAGAUUGUGGACAGUUCAAAAUUACAAGAUCAUGGAAGGAAAGGGGAUGAGGGUCAUGUGAGCAGCAGAGUAGGUGCUGGUUCUUCUCAUAGAAAACAAUCAUUAGAAGCAGAUGAUGGAUCAAACAUUUCACACACCAGUGCAGACAGCACGGAUAGAUUAAUGGUUGAUGAAUCAGCAAAUAUAGACAGUUCAGCUACUGGUGAGGUGUCCUCUGCAGGUGGGAGCAGACGCAGUUCAAAAUCUUCACGUGACAGUGACAAUAGCCCCCAUCCAUCAACAGAUUUCUCUGGAUCGGCUGAACAUUCAAGUCAUGGACGCCAAGGUCAUAGGUCAAGAAGCCCAAGGUCUUACCCACAAUCUAGUUCAGAUUUAGGGUCGAGUGCACAAGCAGGUUCUAGUGUGCAAUACUCCCGGCGAGGACCAGACGGGGAGUCAGGGACCGAGUCCAGAGAACAAGAGCCCCAACCAUUAUUAUCAUCUCAGUACGAGACACUUUCAGAUGAUGAACAAUCCUGAUCUCGUAUCACAAACAUUCAUUAUCAUUCUGUUUAGUGUGUAAACAUUCUGUUGGAUGUUGCUGUGUCACACUUUAUUUUAUAAAGGAGGUGGAAAACUUACUGUUACCAAGCAACACUUACUGUAAAUAGUGAAUAUGGAUGGUACCGGUAAAUUGCAUCAUGCUUGAAAAGAGAUUGUGGAAAAUUUCUUUUGGAAAAUGUUAAUCAGCUGUUAGUUCUGUGGGAAACUCCAUUGGGAAAAUGUUGAGUGGCUGAUAUUUUGUGGAAAAUUCCUAGAAAAUGUUGAGCGGCUGAUAGUUUCAUAUGUUUGUUACCUGAGAUCUGGAAAUUUGUCAUCAACAAGUUAAUUAUGUCUCCCACCACACAGUGGUGUGGGAGACAUAUUGAUUUACUCCUGUCUAUAUGUGUGUGUGUCUAUCACAAACCUUGUCCGCACUCUAAGUCAAACAUUUCUAAUCCGAUCUUCACUAAACUUGAACAAAAUGUGUUUGACCAUAAGACCUCGGCCAAGUUUGAUAACUAGCCAAAUCCGCCUGGGCACUUUUGAAUUAUGGCCCUUGAAUUACUGAUUGGAUUCAGUUGUCUAGCCCAUCCAGAGAAACAAGGCAGAUGUGGGAGACAUGUGCUUUUCUCAAAAGCAUUUCAAGUGUUUUAAUUGUUUUGAGUAAUAUUGUUUAUAAGUGAUAAUGUCAUAUGAAGUGAUUGUCAAGAAGUGUAUGUAAGUAUCUUAGCCACUUUCAUUCAUUUGUAUAUAGCUUUGAGCUUUUGACUUUAAGGUAGUUUAAGGAUCAAAGUUGUUUCUACAAUGUAGAAUUGGUUAAACCCUGCUAUAAUAUUGUGGAAUGAAUGUAUAGAUGUAUAGGUCUGUGUGCUUGUUUUUAUGAUAUUUCACCAUGAUUAAAGAGAUUGGCACAUUUCAAGCUGAUUUUGAGACAUUAUUAAGAAUUAUUUAACUUGUUAGACUUUUUAAUAUCACAUUUUAUAUAUGGAUAGGUUGCAAUUUUAACAAGGUGAUCGGUAACACCGAUGGAUGCGCCCUGAAAUUACUGUGCCGGAUUGGGCUAUUCAGUUAUGGAGGUGAUGUUAAGGAGAAAUAUGGUCAGCAAGAGGGAGAAAUAUUGUUGUGAUUCUUCACUGCCCUCCCUUUCACUGACAUUUGUGAAUAUUUAAAGUAUAAAGUCAAUACCUUACAUAGUAUUAGAGUUACCGGUAUGCCCCAGACAAGGUUUUCAACAAAAAGGGAGAUGAUUAAAAAAAUGGGACCACCUAGAGUUAUGGUUCCUUGUCACUGCACUCCCUCUUGUUGACUUUUACCAAUAUGUAAAGUAUGAAGUCAAUACCUUACAUAGUAUUCAAGGUGUGCCCUGGAAAAGGUUUACAAAAAAAAUGGGAUCAACUAGAGUUAAGUUGUCACUGUACACCCUCUCAUUGACUAUGAAUAUGUAAAGUAUUAAGUCAAUACCUUAUAUAGUUUUCAAGUUAGGCCCCAGACAAGGUUUUCACAAAAAGGGAGAUAAUUCAAAAAUGGGACCACCUAGAGUUACGAUUCCUCGUCACUACACUCCCUAUCAUUAACCUCUAUCAGUAUGUAAAGUAUAAAGUCAAUACCUUACAUAGUAUUGGAGACAAGUUGUUAUUGAUUUAGCUGCUACAUGUGCUUUGAAGACAUAGUAUCUUUGUUUUAAGAUCUACAGGUUUUUUUUAACUAUUCAAGGUUCAAAUCCCUCCUGCCUUUCUUCUAUCUGUUGUUAAUCCAACAGAAAAAAAGGAGUCUCACAAAGAAUAACAGUAAAUACAUGUAUACAAACUGUGCUGCAAAAAAAAAGCCAGUGUUUUUUUCUGGUAUUGGAAUAUGUAAAUUGCCAUGUUAAAUUCUUAUGUGACGCUAAUUUCUUACUUUCAAAGAAGAAUGUUGUUUUUGUUGUGAAAUUCUUGUCAUGUUUUGAAAAUGUCUUGGCUAUAGUGCUUGUAAAAUAAAUAUCAAAAGUA